AUGUCGUCCGCUCAACAGCGCCUGUCCCAGGUUUCCUCCCACUUCAGUACCCAGAAGGGAGCAGCUUCCUUGACCCAGAAGCACCCCGAUGAUAUUGUUGUCACAUGUGCCCUUCGUACUGCUUUGACCAAGGGCGGUAAGGGUGGUUUCAAGGAUACCGCUGCUGCCGACCUCUUGGCUGGUGUGUUCAAGGCUGUUAUUGAUAAGAGUGGCAUCGACCCCAAGGCCGUGGAAGAUAUUGCCGUUGGCUCCGUCCUUCCUCCUGGUGGCGGUGCUACCGAGUUCCGUGCUGCUGCCCUCGUGGCUGGUUUCCCAGAGACCACUGCGGUCAAGGCCUUGAACCGUCAGUGCUCUAGUGGUUUGCAGGCUAUCAUCGACAUCGCAAAUGCUCUCAAGUCUGGAAUGAUCGACGUUGGUAUUGGUGCCGGUGUCGAGAGCAUGUCCUCACAGUAUGGUCCGGGUGCCGUUACAGAAUUCUCUGACCUCCUCGAGAACCACACUGAGGCCGCUAACUGCAAGGUCCCCAUGGGUGUCCUCUCCGAAAAUAUGGCCAAGGACCGCAACAUUAGCCGUGCUUCCCAGGAUGCUUUCGCUGCUUCCUCAUACCAGAAGGCUGAGAAGGCUCAGGCUGCUGGUCUCUUCAAGGAGGAGAUCGCCCCUCUUGAGGUCAAGUGGACCGAUCCUAAGACUGGCGAGGAGAAGACCAUCACUGUCAAGGAGGAUGACGGUAUCCGCAAGGGCAUGACUGCCGAGUCACUGGCAAAGAUCCGCCCUGCCUUCGCCAAGGAUGGCUCGAUCCACGCUGGUAACGCCUCUCAGAUUUCCGACGGUGCCGCAGCUGUCCUGCUGAUGAAGCGUUCCACCGCUGAGCGUCUAGGCCAGAAAAUCAUUGGCAAAUACGUUUCCGCUAGUAUUGUUGGUGUCAAGCCUCUCCUCAUGGGUAUCGGCCCAUGGAAGGCCAUUCCCGUUGCUCUGGAGAAGGCUGGCAUUACCAAGGAUGAUGUGGACAUCUUUGAGAUCAACGAGGCUUUCGCCUCCCAGUGUGUGUGGUGUGCGAACGAGCUCGGUUUGCCCAUGGAGAAGAUCAACCCUAAGGGCGGUGCCAUUGCUUUUGGCCACCCUCUGGGCUGCACUGGUUCCCGUCAAGUGAGCACUCUGCUGACUGAGCUCAAGCGGACAAACAAGAAGAUUGGUGUCACCAGUAUGUGCGUUGGUACUGGUAUGGGAAUGGCCGCUGUUUGGGUGGCCGAGUAA